GCCAUGGUUUUGCAUUGAAAGACGAUUCUUCUCUUCGUGAGAUCGUCAAGAAAGCAUGUAAGGGUAAAGACAAAUUCUUCCCCAUAAAGGAGUUUUCCACACUCCAAACCAGACCUCACCUUCCCUUUUCUCUCCCCAACUCGGACUAAUCGACAAAAAUUUCUCCAUCGCUUUUCCGUUAAAACUUCAGGCAGGAUAUUGCAUUCUGCCAAAUCUUCCUUUUUCUUCUUCAUGGGAAGAGGAAGAGUCCUAAAUUUGGGUCUUUUUGAUGGUUGUAGCGCAUAAGAGAGUCGUCAUUGCACCGACCGCUCAAGGCAAGAAACGAAGAGAAAAAUAGAGAAGAAGCAGAGAAAUGCCAGAGUUAAACUGUUUGCCUUAGUUGGUGUUCCAGUUUUUUUGCUUUGUAGCCACUUCAAGCCUUCUAGUAGAAGAUGCAGGAGAUGGAGAAGGAAGAAGGCACGGUGAAACCUCCCCAGAUCACGGAGCUGUUCCAGCGGCUCGCCAGCGUCUGCAAAUCCAAAACCAUAGAGUUUUUCGCUGAGGAAGACGAAUACGAGCAGAUUCCGGCUAUGGGGGACGACGACUUUGACUCGAAGGAGGAGCUGAUCACAGACCAGAAGGUGGUCGUGAUCAAGCCCGACCAUCUUCGUGACCCAUCUGAAAUGCCCCAAAUUGGUACCUCCCCGAAUCUUGACUCCUUCCUUUCUUGCAUUUUCGCCAAUAUUGCCGCCUUCGAAUCUGCUUACCUUCAGUUGCAAACGGCACACACGCCAUUUGAUGUUGAAAACGUGAAGGCGGCAGACCGGUCGGCCAUUGCCCAACUUCGGAAGCUCUCUGAAGUCAAGCAUUCUUAUCGGACUUGUAGUGAAUUGCCCUCCUUGAAUUGGCUUCUUGAGGCACAAGUGGAGGAGAGGCAGAGUAUGCUUAGGACCUAUGAGAUGACAGUGAACCGUCUUCAAUCCGAGAUCGAUCGGAUGGAUUCUGAGGCGUCGGUGCUGAAGGCGCACAAGGAGAAGUUGAUCAGGAGGAAUUCAGUAUUGACGAAACGAUUGGAAGAGUUGAAUUUUAGAAGGGCCUCGCUGUCCUUGAGUGUUUUUGAUUCCGCAUUGCGGGAAGCAAUCAGGUUGUCUCAUAGCUUCACGAAGGUUCUUAUUGACUACAUGAAGCAUAAGAGGUGGGACUUGGAUUCUGCUGCGGAUUCACUUCAUCCAGGAAUAGAUUACGCAAAAAAGGGGCAUAACAGAUACGCAUUCUUAUCAUAUGUUUGUCUAGAGAUGUUCCGAGGAUUCGAUGAUGAAAGCUUUUCGGAAUUGAACGUCUCAUCAUUUGAAGAGAAGGAUCACUUGAAGCGAUUCAUUAGCUGUAGCUCAAUUGAUGCACUUGAGGUUUUGAGGAGGGAAGAAGAAGGUGGGUUCUCUAAAUUCUGCCGGAAAAAGUAUUUGCAGCUAGUGCAUCCUAAGAUGGAACUUUCAUUCUUAGGCAAUACGGAACAGAGGGACGUAAUAGCGAACUAUAGUUGCUCUAGCUGGCCUCUGACUAACCCUCUACUUGUAUCGUUUGUGAAGAUGGCACACGCGAUUUGGUUGUUACAUAUAUUAGCCUCUGCAUUCGAAUCUGCACUUGGCAUUUUUCAAGUCAAAAGAGGCGCUCGGUUCUCUAUGGUUUUCAUGGAAAAUGUUGUUCGGAAGUCAGUUGUGGCUGAUUCAGGUGAUGCUGGUUCAGCGCCCAUUGUAGGGUUUACCGUAGUUCCUGGGUUCAGAAUUGGCAAGACAGUCAUUCAAUGUCAAGUCUAUCUAGACGGCAUGAGAUGUAUAGAAUGAUUGAAGCGUAUUUACCAAUUAUAAACAAAAAAAGUUGAGGAUUGAAUUCCUUGGUGUAAUGGUUUAGCCACUUGGUGAAGAAGUCAUGAUAAAGCAAGCGUCCUGUUUCUGCAGCUUUCUUAGUUCUCUUGGCUAGAGCCUUUCAAAUAUGUCUAAUUUGAAGCUCCCAAAUUCGAAGUUUGGCUGAUUGAUGUCGUCUCUAGUGGAACUGAAUAAGUAGCAAGGUGCUAAUGGUGGCUUCCUCCUUCCAGCUUUGUAACAUUAAUUUGUAUCAUUGAGUUAGCUAUACACUAGAUAGCCUCGACUCCGUGGUUGUACAUUAUAUUUCUGUCAAUCAGAAUUCAUGAGAAUCACAUUUUCUCUUCAGAAAGGCCCUUGCAUUUGAUUCUGAGCGUCGUGAAAUAGUCAUUACUUUAACGUAUUUGACAGUAUCCUCACUUUCUUA